UCCUCUUCCUCCUCUUCCUCCUCUCUGGACUCUCUCUGCAGAAUGAUGAAGCCUUUUUCUGCAGCCGCUCCUCCUGGCGCCGCCGGCCUCCUGCUGCCCUGCACCCAUCACACCGAUGGGAGCCCCUGCAAUGGGGCCACUGAGUGCAUGUGUGUGUGUGUGUGUGUGUGUGUGUGAUGGCAAGAAAUUGAUUGAAAUGCUUUUACACAUUUUGAAGGCGUUUUCUGAGUCCAGGGCGUCUGACAUGUCGUCCUCACCUGUGGAGGAAAGGAAUUCAAGAAUGUGGACGGGGAGGAGUACCAUGCAAACAUGUCCACCUUGGCCUCGCCAACCUCCCAGGGAAGCCCGGACGUCUACAUCCUGCCGCUCACCGAGGUGUCCCUGCCGGUCGCCAAGCAACCUGCCCGAUCAGUCCAACUCCUCAAGUCCACAGACCUCGGCCGCCACACUCUUCUCUACCUGAAAGAGAUCGGGAAUGGCUGGUUCGGGAAGGUUCUGCUGGGGGAGGUGAAUGCCGGUCUGAAUACCACCCAAGUGGUGGUCAAGGAACUUAAAGCCAGUGCCAGCGUGCAGGACCAGAUGCACUUCCUGGAGGAAGCACAACCUUUCCGGGCCCUCCAGCACCCUGCUCUGCUGCAGUGUUUGGCCCAGUGCACUGAGGUCACUCCCUACCUGAUGGUGAUGGAGUUUUGCCCUCUGGGGGAUGUGAAGAGUUACCUCCGAAGCUGCAGGACCGCAGAGACCGUGACCCCGGAGCCGCUCAUCCUACAACGGAUGGCCUGUGACAUCGCCUCAGGACUGCUGCACUUGCACAAACACAACUUCACACACAGUGAUCUGGCUUUGAGGAACUGCCUGUUGACCGCCGAUGUCUCAGUGAAGAUUGGAGAUUAUGGCCUGUCUCACGCUAAAUACAAGGACGAUUACUUCGUGACGUUAGAUCAGAUGUACGUGCCGCUGCGUUGGAUCGCUCCGGAGCUGGUGGAUGAGGUGCAUGGAAACCUGCUGGUGGCUGACCAGACCCAACAGAGCAACAUCUGGUCCCUGGGUGUUACUAUCUGGGAGCUGUUUGAGCUGGGUAACCAACCCUACAGACACUACUCUGACAGACAAGUGCUGACCUACGCUGUGAGGGAGCAGCAGCUGCGACUCCCCAAACCGCUGCUCAAAGUGCCCCUGGCUGAGCGCUGGUAUGAGGUGAUGCAGUUCUGCUGGCUACAGCCUGAUCAGAGACCCAACGCAGAGGAAGUCCACUUGCUGCUCAGCUACCUGUGUGCCAAGGGAGCCAGCGAGGCCGAGGAGGACUUUGAGAGGCGAUGGAACUCCAUGCGUCCCAAUAUCGGACACAGCAGCCUCCGUGGUGCCUCUGUGAUGUCACGAGACCACCCUUCAUUGACCUCCUCCUCCUCUUUCCCUCUCCUUGAGCAGUUUUCAGCUGGCGAUGGCUACCACUCGGAGUCUGGAGAUGACAUACUAACAGUCACAGAGACCAGCCACGGCCUGAACUUUGAAUACAAGUGGGAGCAAGCCAGGGCAGAGCAGUCGUAUAGAGCCCCAGACUCCUCUAGUUCUCUGGGUCAUCAUUGUCAGGAGGCAUUUUACCCACCAGGAGGCAUUGUGGGAGGCUGCCCCAUGGAGAGCCUCAGCCAUGGAGUUUCUCCUCCUUACUACCAACCAAAACAUCUACAUGCUCCAGGUGUACUCCCCGUCCUCAGUGCCCAUAGCCCCUCAGUAAGCAGUGAAUACUACAUCCGCAUUGAAGAGCCAGUAGACUGUAACAUUGAUCCGGACUACACCAUGUGCUCCUACAGCCCAGACUACCAGGGCAGCAGUGGGAGCUUCCUUACUGGGAGUGCCGACUCGGGUGAGUGCAUGGCCUGCCCAUCACAGGCUAAGAAUAUGGGUCCCUAUUGGUCAGCAGACAUCCAUAAGUCAGAUGUGUAUGACUCAAAUGAAUCAAGUCCAGCUAUCUCUCUAACAAUGGAGCCCCUUUUAGGGCAAGUAUCGGACAGCAGUCCCAUACGACCCUGGGAGUCUAGUCACUAUGUGUCCUAUAAAGACCGAGACGGGGGCUACUACUAUGAGCACUCACCGCCUUUGGGAAUAGAUCACUAUCUGAUUGGAGGUGAGCUUUCCAGUGAGCAUCAUCAUCAGGAAAGCUGGGGGUCAAGAAGCCUUCGCCAGGCUUUGGGUGAGUUGGAGAACCCGCUGGGUAUAUCCCCCUCCUUAAUCAGUCCGCCUCAACAUGCCUACAGAGACGCAUACCUAGACACAAGUCAGACCUCCAUCAUCGGAAAGAAUGUGACAGGGGGCUACUAUGACAUGAUGGGCUCCCUGAGGAAGACCAUGCCCAGCCACACCAGGCACAACAGCCACUCUGUAAGUAUCAACAUGGAGACAGAGGGGGCGCUCUUCAUCGGGCACAGAGACAGUGAUUCAGAGGAGGAAGAAGAAGAGGACAUAUUUAUUGAGAGACACACCUGCAACACUUGGCCUUCAAAACAUCGCCACAGCGGCAUAAGUCACCACAGACGGGCGAGCCACAGCUGCAGACAGGACGCUUACGUAGAUUUCCACUACACAAUGCCAACUACGGACAUUGAAGACUCCUGGCCGGAGGAGCACAGCCUGGCCUUCCACACUCUGCCUAAACCCAUUGACUAUCUUGAGCCCCACCAGGCCAAAGACAACAGUGCCUGCCUUAAUCUGAGUAAACACCAUGCAAUGGUGCCCUCAGACAACUGCAAUGCCUACAUUUACCUGUGCCAUGAGGGCGAGACUCAGGUGCCAGCAUCUGGAGAGUGUUGCCAUUCGCACUUUGUUGAUCCACUCACUGGCUUGCUAGUCAGAAACAACAGCUAUAGUCACAGCUACAGUCACAGCAACUACAUCAGAGAUAAGGUCAUUGACAUCCCAAGCAAUGAAGAGAUGAUCAAUCUAUCACCGGCUCCAGGUGGUCCCAUUGUACCCAAACCCGCUGUGAUAAAGACUGAGGACAGUGGAGAACAGUAUGUUGACCUCACAACUGAUGACACUCUAUUCAAAGAGAAGAGGGAGAAUGUAAUCAAGGAAAAUCUAAUCAUGCAAAAACCGCCAGAGCCUAAAAUAGAGGAGGUGACCCUGACAAUGACAAAAGCCACUCCGCCUCCUGAUGACAACAUGCAUGUGAUGGUGGCCCUCACAGAUCCACAGUCAGAGUUGAGUCACACCGGCGAUAGUGGUGUUGACCGAGGCGGCUCCAGCGUGAGCCUCGCUGACAUCCUCGACUGCAGUGACGAGGAGGAGGACGAUGAAAUCACAGACGAUAUCACUGAUGUUACCUCAGGCAUCUUUGCUGACGAGUCCAGUGAGCUGAACGCUUCUCCUGCCUUCAAGUCGCUAAAGAAGCAGGUAGGAACCCCUGAUUCCAUGGAUUCAAUGGAUCUACCAUCUGCAGCCGGGUCCUGUGAAGGCUUCAGCCCUGCGUCUUCACACCCUUCCAGCUCACCUAAAGCUAUGGACAGUGGCUAUGACACAGAAAAUAAUGAGAGUCCUGAGUUUGUCCCCAAAGAGCCUCAUGAACCCCGUGACCAACCUCUAGGAAAGCCUACCCUUGAUACGAGCCUGGAGGAGGAUGGGGUGGUGGAGGAGCAUGAGGUCGAAGCCCAAGAGAUGCCCACAAAGGAUGAGCCAUCAUUGGAUGAGGAUUUGACUUUAGCGUCCUCACAGUCAUGUGACAGCAUCCUUUUACCGCUGAGUGAUAAGACCCCAUACAGAGAUUCUGCCUACUUUUCUGACUACGAGAACGAAAGGCAGUCCAAGGAUGAAGGGGAGGAACUGCCAGAGAAAGUAAGAGAUGAAGAAAAUGUUGAAAAGGAACAGCACAUGGGAGAAAAGAAGGGUGAGAAAAGAAAGAAUGAAGAGGAGGACGAACUUCAGGACGCUGUUGUGAGCAAAGACAUAAAACUUGAAAUGAAGCACACAUUGACUCGAGGAGCAGAAUCAUCUUCAGAGCAAUGUGACCAGGAUGAGGGACUGGAGCUACGUCUGGAGCCCUCUGACACCACCUCGAUAGCAGAAGGCGGAUUGGACGAAUGGCCAUCUCAGGAGGAGAGCUCUUCUCUGGGAGACUGGGCAGCAGAAGUGGUAGGAGCCAUGGAAGAGGCUCUUGGUGCCCUGAACGAAGAAUGUAACUCCAACAUCAGUGUAGAGGGGGAGGAAGCAGAGGACAUCAAAGACUCUGUUCAAGCUUUAGAAACAGAAGAGCCAGCGAUCAAGACAAUUCAAAACAAGCCAUCAGGGAUAUCUGGAGAAAUCCUGCACACCUUACCCAAAGACGAGGUGGCCUUGCAGCACACGGCAAACACCAGACGGUUUUCUUCUUCUUCUCCUCCACCUCCAUCCACCCCUCCCCCUCCGCUCCCUCCAACGGAGGGCCGAGGGUCUCCGGCUGAUGGAGAAGAGGCCGACGAGGAGUACGGUGACACUGACGACAGCGAUGAGUCGGAUGAGGAUCUGAGAACCUACAGUGUGCAGGAGCCGAGUGGAGGGGAGGAGAGUGAGGACGAGUGCCACCCGGUGCCCAUUGUGGUGAGCGACAACAGCGACGCCCACAAACUGCGAAGCCUCCUCAAGAUGCCGACCCUGCUUACGGCGGAGAACCUAGACGAGGAGCUUGAAUGCAAGAAGAAGACGGUGUCGUUUUUUGAUGACGUCACCGUCUAUCUGUUCGAUCAGGAAAGCCCGACUAAAGAGCUGGCUGAACAUGGCUUCUCUUUAGGAGCAGAGGGUCAGAAAUCACGGAGCAAAUCCCAAGAAAGGGUGAAUGCCUCAGAUGACUCCUCAGAUGGGAACAUCUCAGAGGAGAGCGCUGGGUAUGAGUGGGAGGACGACUUCCCCUUGCUACCGUUACCGACAUCCUCAGCGGCAUCAGACUCCCCUCCUCCCCGCUCCGUCACCAAAGCCCCGGACCCUAAACCAGCCGUGCAGUACUCCCGCUUCACCGUCUCCCCCUCCAACGUGUCCCGCUUCUCCAUCACUCACAUCUCUGACUCUGAUAUGGACUCAGCAGGAGGAAGCAGCGAGGACGGGGACAAAGAGUAACGAGCCGUCGGGAUCUACUGCCUCUCUCUGUGAUGACGACUCGGCCCGCUAGCAUGACUUCUGAUUCAUUUUUUUUAACGUCAGGUUUUAGAAACACAAGACAGUGCCUCUUAAUGCCUGUGGACACUUUACCACAACGUAGGACUGACCUAAGCUGUUUAGAAAAGAGUAUGGUUAAUAUAUAAAAAACUUACAGAAUAUUAAUAUAUAUGUACUGUAUGAUGUAAAGAAUUUAUUGAAAGCAGGGGUGUGUUGAAUUCUGCGUAUUUUUCGGAUCAAAGAGACAAACUGGAAGGACAGACGUUUGGAAAAGCAUCACGUUCGCCACCUCUUUCACUUUUCCUUUAUGACGAGGAGUAUUUAUGAACCACCUGGGCUCACAAACGGGACAGUCAAACCCGCAAACUGAGUAAAGCUGAGUUAAAAGACACAUUGACUUACUGGUUUUUCAACAAAGGAUCAGCACUUUGAACAAGACUGUACAGCACCACAGAUUUCGUACUUUUUGGGGAAACCGGUUUACUUGUCUUAAUGAGUAUCGAUGAGAAUCCUCGAGGUAUCACAAGUAAUAUAAUGUUAAUAUUUGGGUUCAUUCAGAGACACUGAAGCGUUGCAGAAGGACGCAAAGGGAAUUUUAAUGGCUCCUGUCUGGUUACAGUAUGUUUUUUUUUUGUGGAAACAGCUGAUCGAACCUGGACAACCUGAUAAUUUUAUGACAAUUUUUUUUUUUGUUUUGUAUCAGGACCACUACUGUACUGUUUUACAUAAAUAUGUGGCUCGUUCUCUCUACCAAACUGAGUGCCAGCACCGCCAUCACUACUGAACCCUUCUGUGUUGUAAACAUCAGGCACAACAAAUCGUCACUAUUAGUGACAAGAAGUGAGAAAGAUUUCACUCUUAAUUAAAAGUUUGACAGGUUUUUCAAAUAUAGCAAUGCAUGGUUUCAAGUAACUAGAAAACAUUAUCUAUAAGAAUUUACUAUUUAGACACAAAAGCGGACAGUUUUUUUGUUUUCUGUUCUGGAGUAGAGACACACACAAGGUCACAGAAAUCCUCUUUCAUGUUAUUGAUCCAAAAGCAAUUGUCAGCAAGACGAGAUAUUCAGUAUUUGGACUGCAACAGAAAAACACUAAUUCUCUAAAACUAACGUAGGCCAAUAAGGGGUGGGCGAUAUGAUGAAAUCUUCAAUUAUACACAGUUUAUGAAAAAGAGAUAUGCGUCAUGAUGUAGUACAAUCUCUGAGGCUUGCAUUGAGAAACAGCUAAUAAACAAAACAGGUCUGUUUUUGGUUAAUCCGGCAAGUUAAAUAUCUGACAAAUCAAGAUGUUUCAUCACAUUGAUGCAAAAUCUUGUAAGUCCAAUAUUCACAGAAAGCAGCGGUAUUUGCAACAAUAUUCAAAUUGGCCAAGUAUAACCACAGAUAUUACAGGAAUAGAUACUGCACCUUGGUAGAAACAUCUUACUACAACUCUACAGGCUUAAUGUAUCAACAAACACUUGCACAACAGCUGCACAGAGGUUAGCCUGAACAAAAGUGCUUUUGCAAAUGUAAAUUAGCACAUUAUACAUCCGAUAUUUCUCAGCUUCUAUUCAUUUCUAUUUGAAUCUGUUGGUGAAAGAAAUGAGAAUGAAACUGUCGCUGUUACUGUCACCUGCUGUACAUUGGCUGCACUGAGCUCGUCUGGAGCGGUUUUUGUACUCUGAUUUCGGGUAUUAGAAGCUGAACUUCUCAGAUUCAAAAAGAAAGUUUGUUCUGGUUCGUUAUAAUUUGGUUUAUUUAUAUAUAAAACAGAAUAAGAGGAUGAGAUUUUAUGGCGCUUAAAAGCUUGGUGGAAGUAUUUAGAGCUGCAUUGCUUUUAGGUGGGACAGUUCAGUUCAGUGUUAUUUGUCUGAUCAGCUGGUUGAAAGACGACAGAGGGCUGACGUCACGAUCAUGAAUUGUUUAAAAUGCUUUUCUGUGUGUAUAAAUGUAUGGAGGAGAAAGGGGAAGGUGUGGGUGUUGAGUUGUUGGUUUGAAUGCCACCAUUCAAAACGGGCCUACGAUCAACAUGUAGUGUCUUCUAAGUGUUUGUUUGCCUUCCAAGGCUUUAAUAUUCUGUAACAGUUUAGCAUAGAACCAUCUAGACGGCUGUCCGUAAUAUUUUUGUAUCUCGACAAGAAUACUUUUAGGAGUAUUGAUGUACUGUACUUGUGGCGGAGGAGGAGGAGGAGGAGGAGGAGGGAAGGUUGAAAAAAAAUAAUAGGAGAGAUCUCUCAUGUUUAUUGUUGCCAAAGAGAUGUUGUGUCAUGUUCCAGGGGUAAGUACAGUUGGUGUUGUUGUUUUUUUUUUACCCCAAAAUGGAGACGGAGAGGAGGAACAUGACAGCAGCUUUGGCCUGGUAAUAAAGCGAGAAGGAGGAGGAAUAUGUGCCCCCACACUGACCUGGUCACAUCAUUACUUUCUGUACCUUCUAUCAAAUAUAAAUAAAGUCUGUUUUACACAUCUUAA